AUGGGCAUCGCUCAGAUGGGCCAGGAGGAAUCUGCAUGUGUCCUGUUCCGGCGGGGACUGCCUGCAUACGCACCAGUACCUGGCAAGUCUACACAGGAGGGCCCACAGAGCCGUCAUAAUAAGGAUAUUGGAGAUACGAAGAAUGAAUGGUGGACGGCACGAAAACCGAAACGUGCGGUGUCGGACGAAUCGGAACACCGUUCUGAUGGAGUCAUGUCCAGAACGGCGGGUAUCCAAACGGCCAGACAGCGUAGACAAACGAGCAAUUUACAAGGAGAGCCCAGGCGGACAAUCGCGCCAACCGGCCAGGGUGUCGGCUCUCUUUCACACCAUCCACAUCGUUCUGCAGCUCCGCAGCCAACACCAAAGGCGUCGGAAAGCGCUGUAAAGAGGAACAUAAAGCCAGGGUGGUUAUGA